AUGUCACUAGAUUUAAAAUACUCAGAAGACAGGUAUGUGGAACCAAGAGAGCCAAAAAGUUUGUGUGAAAAUAAUUUACCGGAAUCGGAAGAGGAACUUGCUGCAGAAGAAGAAAAGCAAAGAAGCCGACUUGAUCAACUGCAUAGACAUAUCGCUGAAUUGCGUGAGAUGAAUUUACCAAUUCAUGAAAAGGAGGAAGAAUUAUGGGAUGUACAAACUGCAAUUACUUUGUUAAGCCGAAAGUUGAAAUUGCUGCAUGCAAAACGAGCCGAAAGUACUGAUUUGGAAGGAGCAGAAGGACCGGCACUAGAAAUGUUUGAAGAAAAGCAACUGUUAGCAACGUGUAUUGCGUUACGUGAAGAUAUCAGUCGGCAAAAGUCUAGAAUUAUAACAUUAGAGAAUCGGAUUAACUCGUUGUUACAGCAGAAUGAGGUAUUGAGUAAGGUAGAAGGUGAUGAAUCAGAAAAUCUGAAAGGGGUUGACGAGGAUGCAGAACUGUGGAAGCAGGAAUGUUUCAAGGAGGAAAAGAGAAAGAUGGAAUUGGUGCAAGAGAUAAUUGAGCAAAAAGAAGCUUGCUGUUUGCUCCGAGCCAAACUUGAAAUGAAUUUUGUAAAACAGCCGAAACUCCUGGUCACUCGUUUUUGA